GUCGUCACGUCCGGCCGGUACCGGUGUGGACGGUGCGGGUCGUGGCAGCCGGUUUUCCGGUUCUCCCCCUUUCCCCUACUCUCCUCCCUCCCUCCUUCCCUCUCCCUCGCCGUCGGUUCCCCGACCCACCACCCACCCUGAGCCCUCACACCCUUUUCCUACCUUCGGGGCGCCCAUCCCGGCUCCGGCUCGGCCUCUCGCUUCUGCUUCCCCGGCCCCAAGUGUUGCCAAGUGUCGGGGCGGCGGCCUCGAGGCGGGAGGGGAAAAAAAACAACAACAAAAAAGACGAGACGACCCUAAGCUGCUCUUUGCCUUUGCCGUCGCCGCCAUGGCCAUGAGACAGACGCCGCUCACCUGCUCCGGCCACACGCGGCCCGUGGUGGAUCUGGCCUUCAGCGGCAUCACGCCCUACGGCUAUUUCUUAAUCAGCGCCUGCAAAGAUGGGAAACCGAUGCUACGCCAGGGAGAUACAGGAGACUGGAUCGGAACGUUUCUGGGGCACAAAGGUGCAGUUUGGGGUGCCACAUUGAACAAGGAUGCCACGAAAGCAGCUACGGCAGCUGCAGACUUCACCGCGAAAGUGUGGGAUGCUGUUUCAGGAGACGAGCUGAUGACUCUUGCUCAUAAACACAUUGUCAAGUCUGUGGAUUUCACACAGGACAGUAACUACUUGCUAACAGCGGGACAGGAUAAACUGUUACGUAUCUAUGACUUGAACAAACCUGAAGCUGAACCUAGGGAAAUCAGUGGUCAUACCUCUGGCAUUAAAAAGGCUCUCUGGUGCAGUGAGGAUAAACAGAUCCUUUCAGCUGAUGAUAAAACUGUUCGCCUUUGGGAUCAUGCCACAAUGACAGAAGUGAAAUCUCUAAGUUUUAAUAUGUCUGUUAGCAGUAUGGAAUAUAUUCCUGAAGGAGAGAUCUUGGUAAUAACGUAUGGAAGAUCUAUUGCUUUUCAUAGUGCAGUAAGUUUGGACCCAAUUAAAUCUUUUGAAGCUCCUGCAACUAUCAAUUCUGCGUCACUUCAUCCUGAGAAAGAAUUUCUUGUUGCAGGUGGUGAAGAUUUUAAACUGUAUAAGUAUGAUUAUAAUAGUGGAGAAGAAUUAGAAUCCUACAAAGGGCACUUUGGUCCAAUUCACUGUGUGAGAUUCAGUCCUGAUGGAGAGCUCUAUGCCAGUGGUUCUGAAGAUGGAACACUGAGACUCUGGCAGACUGUGGUCGGAAAGACAUAUGGCCUAUGGAAAUGUGUACUUCCUGAAGAAGACAGUGGUGAGCUGGCCAAGCCAAAGAUCAGUUUUCCGGAGACAGCGGAGGAGGAGCUAGUAGAAGAAAUCACUUCAGAGAAUUCAGAUUCCAUCUAUAGUUCAACUCCUGAAGUGAAGGCCUGAGCAUCAGGCAUGUGCCACAGAGAACAUACAACAUAUGGACUAAAACAAGCAUCAGAGAAAAGCAUCAGCCUUCCAGUAUUACUCUCUGUUGAAGGCAACCCUGAGCAGUAAAUAAUGAGGAAUAUGAAGUGGCUCCAGUGCUGGAACUAACUUGGUAUUACUGUAAGUGAAACCUCAAGAGCGCAGGAUGAAGACAGGUGCAAGUUUUGCUCUUGAACUCCGGCGGCCUGUUGUCUUUUUAACGAAUAUGUGCGAGCCAACAUCCCAUUUCCCUUACAGAUUAGAUUUCUCCUAGCUGUUUAUGUUACUAUGAAGAAGAAAAAUAUAUUGGCCUAUUUUUCUGAAUUUUUCCCUUAAAGGAGAAAGUUUUCUUUUUUCCAUUUUUGCUUUAGUUGUAAAGAAGAGGAAAUGUGAUAUGAUAAAGUAAAUGGUUUGAUUUCUCUUUCAUUGUACACUGCUUCCAAACACCUAAUUGUUUUUAAUUGUCCAAAUAAAUGUCUCUAAAACAUUAAA